AUGAAAGUAUACAAAGCGCUAUGCAUCAGCUAUCUCGUUAUUUUACUGGGCCUAUUUAUUAAUCCCUGUCCCCUCUCGUCCCUCCCCUAACACCCAGAACACGGCUCCGCGGUUCCGAGCAGGCUUUUCUGCUCUCACGCCUGCAAUCCCUCCGCCGCCUCCUUCUUCGUCCUCUUCUUCGUCCUCUCCUUCUUCUUGUUCUCGCGGUCCUUCUUCUUCAUCCUCCACCCUCCGUCCUUCCUACCUUCGCCAAUCGGCCUUUUUCUUCGCACAUCCUCCCUAGUUUUUCGGGGAUGAGCUGCCACGGUCCUCCGAGCGAGGAUGUCGACGACGACGACAGAGAGUUCCUGGAGGCCGCGCAGGAAGACGCCGCCCUGGUGGCGAACCUGCUCAUGUGUCUCUCUCGCCGGGAGAAGUACGUUCCCUGGUGGCGACCGCAGGAGUCCACGCCGCCGGCUGCAUCUCCGUCGACGGUGACGGGUGGAGGCGUCGUGGACUUCCACAGGGCUCUCUGCAAUUGGGGCUGCCGCCGGUGGAGGAGCAGGGGGAUAGCCAGGGAAGGGAUCUCGACGGCGAAGAUGGAGGACGCCAGGCGCGCCAGUCCGACGACGCCCCUGUCUUGGAGCGGCGGCGCCUCUGGGACGUCAGGGAGCGUGUGCGAGGACGGGUGGGGCGUUCAGCCGCGGCCGCAGAAGCGGCAGAUGGAGCGGAGUCUACACGAGCAAGGGGAGUCGAGCGAGCCGCCGGAUUCAGCCCCGGGACGGCCGAAGGCGGAGUUCCAGAACGGCGCGGAGGAUGUGCAGCCUUCUUCGCCGUCGAAGAGACCGAAGCCGGAGAGGAGCGACACCGGGGGAGAGAACCGUGCUCCCGCAUCCACGUGGAUGAAGACGGAGGCGGCGAAUGUGGAUGGGGCUCUUAGGGUCUUCAUCCCCUUGGAACCCUCGGCCGUCAGAUCCUCCCCCGUUGCCGGAUCGAACAAGGUCAGUAUCCCUCGACUCAUGUUUCUCCCUGAAUUUUCCUGUCGAAGAUACCCCCUUUUUCCUCUCCUUUACAUUUUUUUUUCCCUUCCUCCGCUGCUUCCUGCCCCCGAUUUUUCGGGAUCUCCUCCACCCAUCUCUUCUCUUCUUCCUGAACCAACCCCUCAUCUCCUCCAAUGGAACCGCGGAUUUGAAACCAGGCACAAAAUACUGCCCAGAGUUGACCGCAGAACAUGGGCAGGAGUGGGUGGGAUAGGAUGA